GGUACCUCCACGUGCCCUAAAUACCCAACUCUCGGGUCUUCGUCGAUGGAAGCGACGACCGCGACCGAGCGGGAGUUUAGUGGCCGCGCCGCUGUGUUGGUGCUCUGCAUGAAGAACGCGUUCGUGAAGGAGGUAAACUGUGGCGCUGUUGGAGCUCCAAACACCAGUUUACAGCCAGGCAUUGUGACUUCAUCAGAGCGGCAUCACAGUGUUAUUGGUGAAUGGAGAGAAAACGCACCAAGUUCCCUGUUGAGCCCUGAUUGCACUAAAUUUGAUCCUUGUAGAAGGUCUUCUGUUUAUAGAAUAUCAUCCCUAAAAACUAUCCUUCCUUGAUUGUUCCACCAGUGACCGUGUAUAUUUGUGCUAAUUUCAAAAAUUGUGGUAUCUUUCAAGAACACUUCCGCAAAAGACAAUUGAAAAAAAAGAGUUCUUUUUUCCUGUACAAUGACGUUUUAAUAGUUUCUCCGGGUUUUUGAUAUAAACCUCACUUAUAGGCUUAUCAAAAGGAUUCUAAUCUUGAUUUUAGUGACUUAAUUCUGUUCAGCAGCAGAGUUGAGAGAAAUUUAAAUUGGACAUCCGUUGAAAGUUCGAUCUCCGCAAGAUGGUCUACUAUACGGCUCUUCCAUUGAUAAUGCAGACAGAAGCUUCAGCUUCUCAGCUGUGUGCCUGUCCUUCGGACACCACGGAUGCUGGUCGUUCGUCAACGUCCUCCACCUCACCCAGUCAGUAUCACCAGCUUAGUGUCCCCUCCACCUCAGCCAUGCACACAGGGCCUGAGAUACUUCACACCUACACUCCCACCACAACAUACCACGUGGUGAGUCCCAGUAUCACCCAAAAGCCCCUCCAGGGACCUCCGGCACAGCCCAUGACCCUCCAGCCACCGCCACAGAAGCCCCAGUUCAAGUGCGAACAGUGCAACAUGUGCUUUGGCAGCAAAAGCGCCCACACAAGUCACAUUAAAUCGCACACGAAGCAAUUUAUGUCACAGCAAACGUUGCAGCAACCAAUUGCUGCAACUAGCGAGAGUAGUAUGCAACAAUCUGUGUUGUCAGUGCCCACAGUGAAUCCCUCGGAUCCUUAUCAGUGCGAUGUGUGCAAGAAGACAUUCUCAGUUCCAGCCCGAUUGGUCCGUCACUAUCGAACCCAUACGGGAGAACGUCCGUUUGAAUGUGAAUUCUGUCACAAGAUGUUUAGCGUCAAGGAGAAUCUUCAGGUACAUAGACGCAUCCAUACCAAAGAGCGCCCUUACAAAUGCGACGUGUGUGGGAGGGCUUUUGAACACAGCGGAAAACUCCACCGUCACAUGCGAAUUCACACCGGAGAACGUCCCCAUAAAUGCUCCGUUUGCGCCAAAACUUUUAUUCAGUCUGGACAACUUGUAAUUCACAUGAGGACACAUACAGGUGAAAAACCGUACAAGUGCCCUGUUGAAGGAUGCGGUAAGGGAUUCACAUGUUCGAAGCAACUGAAAGUUCACUCGAGAACGCACACAGGAGAAAAGCCCUAUCAUUGUGACAUUUGCUUCCGUGAUUUUGGGUACAAUCACGUCCUGAAACUCCACCGAGUCCAGCAUUAUGGUUCCAAAUGCUACAAAUGCACCAUUUGCGAUGAAACCUUCAAGAAUAAGAAGGAAAUGGAAGCACACAUCAAGGGACAUGCCAAUGAGAUUCCAGACGAUGAGGAUGUCAAAUUGGUGCCUGAGACACCAGAAUCUCAGCCAAUUGAUGAGAGCAUGGCUUCUCCUAUUCGUGAAUUAGAACCCCCCAUACCAGAAACGCAUCCCAUGCAGCUGGACACUCCGCGAGAAUCUAGCUCAGAGACCAAUUCAGAUGGUGAUGAUGUCACCUACUACAACAUGUACUCGCGCUUCGAGCAGAGUGUCGUGACCAACUAUGGCGUCUCGGCGUCUGGUGUCAAUCCUGCCCUUCUGGCGGCUGCCUCCAUUGCGGCGGCAGCCACAGCAGCUGGUUUCGAGGACCAACCCCACAAGGGGCCCCCGGCAAUCACAACGGCCCCUCAGCCGCUGCCACCUACUUCCACGCCCGUGCCACAGAGUCUGGCCACCUCAGCAGCCUUUUACGAACCUCCCGCUUCCGUCAUGCGGCAGCACAGUUACUUCACACCCGCACCAACAGCUAGCGAUUUCAGAUCGUCUUUGGACUCUGCCAGUGAUCUCGUGAAGCGAGUAGAAGCUGCUCUGGCUGGUACAGAGCCCCUCUUGACGCCACCCCGAUCGUCCCCAGAGUCUCCGGAAAGGGCAUCGUCCCCAGAAAGUGACUCUGUCCUUCUGAUGGCCGAUCGGGACGUCAUGAGUCUGCCACUGCGGAAACGCAAACUCUACCUCAAAGAUGAACCAGGGACGUCAACAAGCGCCCCCAACAUCGCAGAAUCCUCGUCGCCCGUCAUGCGAAUGAGUUCAGUCAUUCAGUUUGCUAAAGCCUCGUAAGAACAUCUAUCAUUUUAUCAAAGUCAUUGAGAAGAAUGCUUCAGGAAGCGCAACAUUAAAAAAAAUGCAUAAGAUGAAUAAUUUUAUGAAAAGGGACUAUUCUAAUUAUACAUUUAAAAAAAAAACACACACACACAACUACCCAUUAAUUGUAGAUUUUAGCAUUUUUCAUAUUAUAAACUAUUUAAAAAAAAAGAAUGAUGAAAACAACAUAUUGCAGUAAUUCUAAGAUCAUUCUAUGAAAGAAUAAAGUAAUUUAAAGGAUUUUAUUCUAAGCCUGCGAUUUUAUAUUUAGAAACAAAAA